UGCAGCGCGCGACAGGUCAUUUUUCUGUUUUUCUACCACACAUCACUCUUGUUAUUGUUGUUCCGUAGUAGCCAGUCAGUCAGUCAGUCAGUUCAGUAUCAGCAGCCAACAGCCAGCAGCUAUCUCGUUCUUUUGCAUACGAUUACAAUGCGGCACAGCAGCAGACAUCGCUUGUAGUAGAGCAGCAUAUUAGCAUAUAGUUUUGAUUUCCAUUCCGUUCAGUCAGUCGGGCAGUCAGGCAGGCUAGGCAGGGGCAGGCCGCACUUGAUCGAACAACGGGAGUGCGCGGAGUUUUUCUGAGACAGACAGAGAGUGCUGCAUAAGUGUGUGGGUGAGCGCGAGUGAGAAAGGACUGAAUCGAAAAAAGAAAAAUAAACGAAGGGAAUUCCGUGAGUGUGUCCUUUCUUCUGUUGCUUCGGUGCGUUAAUUGUGCGCUAGUGUGUUGCCGCUAUCAUCGGUCGGUGAGAUAAAGUUUUUAUGCUUUCCUUAAUCUGAAGGGCGACCGAAGAAGAAGCGACUACGACCACGUUGGUCGGUCGGUCGGCGGGUCGCACGGGGACAGUUGAUUACAGACAGGAAAAACGAAGCAAGCCAUGGGUUCGUUAUGCAAAUGAAAGCAAGUAAGUUUUGCUCUCUAGCGUGAAAAUACAGAAUUUAUUUCGAGUGGAAAAACAAGUGUGACAGAUGCAAACGUUAGUCGAAAAAGGAAGAAUCAGCAGCAACAUUGCGGAUUGGGGAAUGCGAUCGUGUCCACCAUCAAGCCCCUUCCUUGCGAGAGUGUUUGUGUUCGGCGGGGGUUUUUUCGUUUCGCUACAAACCGAAUGAAAGCCCAUUAUCAUCAUCAUUCACUGCAAAGCGCACCAACAGCAACAACAACAACAACAACAACAACAACAGAGGGAAGGUAGAGGCAAAGCUUUGUAAUACAAAACCGUGCAAAAAAAAAUAAGCUGAGGCGACGUUCCAAGUGUUCGCGAGUGUACGUGGAUUUUCUUCGCGUCGCGUUUUUUGUUUCUUUGCUGCUGCCCCGUUCUUCUAUUCGAUCGCUGCUCUUUCCUGGUGCUUCCAGCCGAGCCGACCACAGUUAGCCAGUCAGCCAACCCAGCCUACCGGACCGGCCAACCAACCAACGAACCAGCCAACACACAUCAUCGUCAUAAUCAAUUGGAUGGAUUCGCGGUCGGACGCGGUGUGUUUUUGGUUCUGCCUUUUGCGCUGGUCGUUUCGGUGAAUGCCACCACACUUGUUUACGUUCGCUGAGAGUGCAGAAAAAAAGCUAACUAAAUCGAGAGAAGAAACAAAAAAAGAAGAAAGAAUGUGCUGGCCGGUGGUGCAGAAAACCAGCGAACACACGUAAGAACUCUGGGGCACCUUGCCGCCGCGCCGGCCGUGUCGUUGCUGGUUCGGUAAGCGAAAGGAAGCAAGCAAGCGUUCGUUCCUUCAUGUACGCGCGCAGAUCCAACAACACGGCACUGACUGACGAAGACGACGGUGUGGUCGAACGUAUGGAGAGUGCAAGCGCGCAAGAAGUGGGCAGGAAGUGUGGGAAUUACUUCGCAGCAACAGCAGACCGGAAGACGAAACAUAUCGUUCGCCACUUUUUUUCCGCCACUAGUGGUGAAACAGUUUGGAAACGUGAUUGAUUCGAAAUUCUAAACAGUCCAACAGUAGUCGGUCGGAACCGACCGGCCAGCAGAAGCAGCAGCAGUAGCAGGGAUGGCCCGCCGGAAGGGAACUACCAAAGCAAAAUCAAAUGGUCGCAAGUCUGCGUCGGAAGCUAAGCAGACAGAUAAGAAGGAUGCUAAAGUAAAAGAUGAUCCGGGUGGAGAGCUUCCGCCCGCUAUGGAAAUAACGAACAGCUGUAAUGAAAGUAAAACGACGUCAGUGAGUCAACCGUACAGCAGCAGCAAACAGCAGCCGAUCGAGAAUCCAACGGAGAGCAAAGUCAGCGCGGAAAAUAGCAUUCUGCAUCAUUCGCAAACGACGACGCCGCCAACGCCGUCAACACCGCCAGCGCGGCCCCAAACUGCGUUCAGUGUCUGCUCCCCGAACUCGACGACGACGACGACGACGACGAAUUCUUCUGACCUAAAGUACCUGCAUAAAAAAUUCAAACGGAUCGCCAGUGCCAGCCUGGGCAACAACAGCAGCAACGAUAGUGGCAGUGAAUCGGCGAAGCUCGUUACAUCAGCACCAGCCGCGGCUGCCAUUGGCAGCAGUAAUAGUACUACUAAUACUACCACUAGCAGUAGUAGCAGUAGUAGCGGUAGCAGCAGUAGUAGUUGUGCUAAUAUAGUUACUACUACCGCUUUGCCAGCUGGUACCAGUAUCGUAGUAGUAGCGGUUGAGCCAGAAGCAAGUGCAUACGGUUCCCCCGCAGUGCGACUGCCCAACUCAUUGAGUUACGAGUCUGUCCAGCGGCUUCAACAGCAACAUCAACAACAACAACAACAACCACAGAAACAAAAUCACCAUACGAUUGCAUGUGCCAACGACGAGGAGGGUGCUUUAGUCGACUCAUACCGACCAACGAUCACUGAACGCAUUAUUCGUACAGGAGGACAGCCAACGGUCGACAGCAGCGAGUGCUACAGUCGCCCCCAAUUAACCUCUUUGAGUAGCGAACACAGUAACGGUGCUUCCUUGAAUCGCGCUAACAACAUUAGUGGCGUCAGUAAUAGUUUUAUCAGCAGCAACCACAACCAUAUUCCGAGAGAGAGUGAAGAUUUGAAAACGUACUAUCCCAGUGUAAAUAAUAACAGUGCUAUCAACAUAAGCUGUGAUUUAAAUGAGAAAAACCAAUGUAGUACCCUGAACAACAACAACAACAACAACCAUAACCAGAGCAGUGGCAAUAGUGGCAGUGUAGUAACGUUAUCAACCGAUCCGAUUCAGGCGGCCGUUCAGCAGCACCAGCAGCAGCAGCAGUACGAAACCUCGACGGGGAUUGCGGCGGCCGUUAGCUGCUACGUCGGGUGCGAGCCGACCGCGCUGCACUCGCCGCUGACCUCGGCCAAUCUGAUCAACACGGCGGCGGCAGCCACCCCGGGCCGCUAUGUGUGUCCGUUCUGUCAGAUGAACUGUAGCAAACCGUCGGUCCUGCAGAAGCACAUCCGACGUCACACCAACGAGCGCCCCUUUCGGUGCGAUCCGUGCGGCAUUGCAUUUAAAACCAAGAGCAACCUGUACAAACAUUGCCGAUCCAGAGCGCACGCGUCCAAGAGUCAAGGUGAGGACAUCGGAGCCGUUAUCGAUGAGGACGGUUCUCUCGGUGGAUCGGAUAUAGACGACAAGGAAUUAAGCAACAGUGGAUCGGAAAUUAUCAAUCGAGGAUCACCAAUGGAUGACCGAGUACAUUCGCCCCAGCUGCUGGUGGAGAAACCGUACAAACCCAAGUUCCAUAAUGCAGCCCUGUAUGCCAAACUGGAUGCAAAAUUAGCCAACAAAUUUCCUACGUCGGGACCGAACAGCAGUACCGGCAGCAGUGGUCUUCCAACGACGUUGAACGUCAGCCAUUCGGCGCCCUCAACGCCAUAUUUCAAUGGCCAAAACGUGGAAUCGCUCGAGCAGCACAUUUCCAAGCUCAUAUCGGACAAUGAAGCCAUUGUGGAGGUGGUUGAACCGCCACUACAGAAAAAGUACCACAAAAUUACCGGCAUAACACGCGGUAUAUCAGUCAGCUCCAGUUCGUCCCACAGCGGGCAGCAUGAGGGCGGAACAAGUAGCAGUAGUAGUAGUGGUGGUGGUGGCAGCAGUGCUAGUUCCAAACUGGCAAGUGCCUUGCUGCAGAAAAGAAACAGCGAGGAGCAACUGCAUUAUCUUCCGCAGCAGCAGCAGACACUGCAACAGCCAUACGUAAACGCAUUUCCCAGCGAGCCAAAUGUGAUAACGAUUUCCAAUAGUAAACCAAUCGUAAGUUCCAAACCAGCGGCAGUCGCGUACGGACAGAAUCACCAUCCAGUAUCGGUACAAAUGGCAAUCCAGCAGGAUCAGCUAGUUCAGCAAGUGCAAUAUCAGCAGCCAUUAAACUUGAGUAAACCUAUGCCUUCAGCUGUUGGUUCGGAACCGUUGGAACAACAGAUGGAACACCCUCGAAAACGGAGCAGUGGGUCACUGUACAGCCGGGAACAAUCACCUUCUUCUUCUCUGCAAUAUUCACUGUCGCAGAAUGCGACAGUACAACCGAUAAUUCUUCAGCAAACCCCACCAACGGUACAGGUUCAACCGCCUAAUCCAACUCCACCACAAGCUCAACCAGUAUCGCAGCAGCAACAACAACAGCAGCAGAUGACAGUUACGGACCACCCGCAGAAUCCGGAACGUUCCAUCAUCAAGGACCUUCUGCUCAACUCACGUGGUUUCGGAGUGGUUCAAAACCCGGAGAAUGAGAACAUUGAAAAACUGUUCACCUGCAAGUCGUGCAACAUUAGUUUCCGCGAAGCGGAGAUGCUCAAGUAUCACAUGAUCUGCUACUGCCAGGGAAGCAGCAGCAACCUGAACAGUCCCUCGUCGAGUGCCCCCAUCAGUCCGGUCGGCUCGCCGUCGCACUUUAAUCGCGGGAAAUCGUACAACCCGAAUAGUUUAAAAACGUUGGCGCGAGUAUCGCUGAAUCCUCCACCGCGCAAUCCAUCGACCCUAUCGAAACUGGCAAAGUCCCAGCUGAGAUUACCGCGGAUGCGGCCGGAUAACAUUUCGCUCCUGUCAGCGCUUGCCAAAGAAAACUUAGCGCUCAACACUGCGGGAAGUAGUUCUGCCAUGAACGUCCAAGUGUCGGAGAUGCAGGUGUCCCCGGUUAUAGCCAAGAUUGCCGAUGUUGUUCAAAACCCACUGCCAUCGCCGGGUCCGUUGCUGGGAAACACUAGAUUGGUAGAUUUUCAGAGCAGUAAAGUAGGGUCGAACGAGGAUGCCCCAAUGGGACACAAACGUGCCGUGGUCGUCGCUGGUGACGAACAUCAGCAGCCGCUCCGACGAGCUCAGCAGCAUCCUAGCUUGCAGUUGUUUGGCGGAAAUGUGGAAAUUGUGGAUCGUAAUGGUGUUGAAAUAUCGCCCCAUCGCUACACCUCCGGUGGGACGGUAACGAGAUGUUCACCGGAGAUUGAGAGUGGAAUGCACGAAUAUAGUGGACGCGUUAAUAGCAUGCAUUCCGGAGGUACUUUCAUGCAGUUGCCGGACAACAAUCGUAGCUCUUCACCAGUUCAGAUGAAUCCAGGCACGCCGAAGCUGGUUGUGACCAUCACUCCAACGCUGGCACCAGCUUUAACUACCCCUAGGGACUACUACGGGAAUCAGCAGCAAGCUCCGGAAGGCAACGCUUCCACUCCCGUGCAACCCAUAACACACUUUCACUUCCCACCAAUCAAUCCGAUCACGGCGUACAACCCGCUGACACUGCCUCAGGUAUCACCCGGUCAGGCACAGCAGAUAAUGCACGCUGGCAAACUGAUACCGUUCGUGCAGGGCAUUCCAGGCCCGAACUCCAUGUUGAUGCCCACAAACGAUCCACACCCACAGCCGAAAAGUAGUCCUCGCAUGCUGGUCAACCACGCAACCCACCCGCUGAUGCAAUCGAUCUCGAUUUCCACCGGAAAUCAUCAACUGGCCGGGCCAACUGUCAAACUCCAAUCGUCCUCCUUGCUGACGAUUGUCAAACCAACCAACACGACAGCCACCGAUCGGCGGAGUGAAAUCGACGAAGAUCUGAGCCGCAGUAAAAAACCCUUCAUACCCAUACUUCCGGGAAAGAAUGGUUUAUCCAAAGAGAUCUGGUCUCCGGCGAAGCAGGAAUAUCCCGUGCCAAAAAAGAGUUUCAAUUUUUCCCGCAUGGCGGACAACAUUAGUCCGAGGAAAAAAGACUUCACCGAUCAACCGCAAAUCAAGAAAGAGGAAAUUCGUUACUUCAACUUCGAAAAUCUGAUAUCGAAAUCGGAGAUUUUGAUCAAAACAACAGCCACUGCGACGGCGGGUCCCUCGGACUGUAAACCCGAACCGAUGGAAGUAAAGCUGGAACCGCCUCCGUCGACUGUCGUAACCAAACCGAAAUUCCUACGACCAAACUCACUGCCGCUCAAGCCAGGUACCUUCACGCCGAAACGCCAUCAUGGCAUCACGCCAACCAACAACACGAUGCCCCUGAUCUCGCCCGAAACACCGCGACCUUCCAAGUCCUGCCGUGAGCUCUACUUCAACGGUCACGCCUACACCAACAUUGGCCUGAAAUCGAGCACCAAACCGUUCUACUGCACGGUCAACAAAACCCAGCCAUUCUACGUGCAAACGCAGCAGAAGCAGCUCUCGAUGUACAGCAACUGGCAGGUGCAUCCGGAGAACGACCCGCACCCGCUGGGUCUGAAACCGGUCGCCGUAAUGUCGCUGUACGACAGCAGCCAGCAGCGCAAUCACCGCUACUCGAUCGCACAAUCACACGUGCCGCUGCUGUCGGUGGUUAAUUCAAGUUCCUUCAACAACGCCGUCAUGAGUACGGUCGAAGUUAAAACCAACUUCCCAACGACGUAUGCACUUCCACCGAUGACAUCCCCCAAACAGCAAACGCUGCUACCCUUAUCACUUGGACAGCAACAUCAACCUCAACCGACACCUUCCGGAACGGGUUACCUUCAGUUCGGUUAUCACGAUAAAGGUGCUUCCAACGAUAGUAUGCCAGCGGCCAGAAGUGAAUCGUCGGAGCGCACCCUGUCCGGCGGAUUCGAAAGCACGGAAGAGUACACGUACGUGCGGGGCCGAGGCCGGGGCAAGUACGUCUGCAAGGAGUGCGGUAUUCGGUGCAAGAAACCCUCCAUGCUAAAGAAGCACAUCCGAACGCACACCGACGUACGGCCGUUCAGCUGUCGUCACUGUAGCUUUCAUUUUAAAACCAAGGGCAAUCUGACGAAGCACAUGAAGUCGAAGAGUCACUACAAAAAGUGCACCGAGUUGGGGUUAAAUCCGAUACCGACCGGAGUGGACGACGAUGGAGGCGAUAUCGAUAUCGAAGGGGAUGAACAGUCGAUUUCGAGUGAGCGCACUUCGACGAUUCCGGGCGACUCCGAUAGUGGAUCGGAAAGCGACGGCGAGGAUAGCGAUGAUAGUGACGAAUCAAAAAGCCGCCUGCUGGAGCACGAAGCCGCUCGCUGUCUGCUAUCGCUGUCGAUGACACCGCCCACCAGUUCGCAGAUCUCCAAGAGCUACCCGAGCCCGGUUCCGUCGUACGGCAACCAUCAGCUGUCGGAGCGGGACGCUCGCAGCCGCCAGCACGGAUACGCUCCCAGCAGCAGCAGCGGUGGUGCCAUUUCCCCCGGUGGGUUGAUCAUUUACGCUCAGCAGCCACCACCGGCGACGGCGGCGGCAGAAUCACCUAGUCAACCGAAUCGACGCGUCAUCACCUUCGGCAACACACCGAAGGUGGAGUUCAAUCUGCUCAAACACGAGCAGUACUACUCGGAUCCGAACCUCAGCAAGAAGAAGCGUGAGCUGGCAACAGCAGGAGGAGGAGGAAAUGGUCCUGUUGGAGGCAUUACUAGUAGUGCUGUUAGCUGCUAUCAAAAUGAAGAAGAUGAUGAUGGAGCGAUGCCGAUUGAUUUAACGAAAAAGGUGAAGGGAGUUCCGCUGGCGGCGCUGCCGCCUCAAUCCAUGCCAGAUCCUUCGAUCUACUCCCAUCCGCAUUAUCAGCAUCAAAAUCAUCACCAGCUGAGUAAGGGAUCUAAUGUGCUGCUACGUGCGCAGCAUCUGCCUACCGAACCGUUACCAUUGAACGCAAGAUCGCAGGUCAUCGUGCGAAUGUCCGACGUCGUUACGCCGAUCAGUGGAACUGCCAAUCUGCUAACGACGCUGGUUUCGAAUACGGAUAAGAUCCCGCUGACGCACGGGAUGAUUCCCGGCGGCGGGAAGGAACUGGUGGAUGAUAAUGUGUACUUCCAGGAGUAUAUUAAGCAGCGUGCACUGCAGGAUAGUCGCAUGAAGCAAAGUCAGAUGAAGGGGGCCACUAAUAGUUCGCAGUACGAAGACAGUUCGGAAGCACCUGGUAUCGCCGAUAGGCAAGUAGCGAUGGAAAGCAAGUUGGUUAUCGCAACCACCACCGUAAGUUCGCUUUUGAAUGGACCGGUUAAGGUGGUUGUUCCAACGCCUGUGGAGAAAGUGUAUCGAAUUUUUAACGGUAAAAAUGAGAUUCACCACUCGAAGGUGAGUGCCGAGUUGAUGAGUAGAGUGGAGGUUCCGACCGUGGUGAAGGAACCGACGAUUCAGCCAGUGGAGGAUCAUCCGGUGGUGGAGGCUGCGGAAACAAGUGUACCUCGAAUGGAUCCGUUGGCAGAGAGCAGUACCGUUGGAAGUGGGAAGUUAGAUCUGCUGGUUGAACCGGUUAGAUCAAGAAGUAACAGUGUGAAAUCGAAUGAUUCAACGAAGCAGCCAUCGAUUGCUGCGGCCAUUGUACCGGCUGGGACAGGCAAGGAGAGUGCCAAAAGUGUGGCUUCCGAAUAUCUCAAACUGACGAAGUCAGUUACGCUUAGAAAGCGCGAGGAUAGUGAGAGUGGUACGGCCUCCGAUCAGGAGCCGCCGAUUGUGGAAGCUAAGAUAAUUCCAACAGCGCCGAUUGUUGCUCCUAUUGUGGCUCCCAUCGUGGUUGUUCCGCCAACCUCAGCAGCAACUGGCGAACUGGGAGGAAUCGUAGCUCGAACCGUUGUGGUUGGUGAAGAUGGUUUUAAAUCGACACCAGCGACGAACGAGUUUGCCUCGUUGAGCCAUUUCCAGGAGGAUGGAGGCCGUCCUGUUUGUGAAGUGUGCAACAAACGCUUCCUAAAAAUAUCUCAGCUAAAAAUUCACAUGAACAUACACUACAUGGAGCGGAAGUACCGCUGCGAACCCUGCGGAACCAGUUUCCGUUCGCAGGGUCUAUUUUUGAAACACGAAAGAUCUGCCACGCACAGAAAUAAGGUCUCGAUGACGACAACUUUCGGCAUCGCAACCGAUUCGAAUCCUCGGCCGUUCUACUGUAAGGAUUGCGAUGUUGGGUUCCGAAUCCAUGGCCAUUUGGCUAAACAUUUGCGGUCAAAAAUGCACGUUCUAAAGCUGGAAUGUCUCGGAAAGCUACCCUUCGGCACGUACACCGAAAUUGAACGUUCCGGGACGAACCUAACCGAGAUCGACACUACCGAUUGUGAGAACUCGCUGUCCAGUCUUAAGCGGUUGGCGAUUCGGCUGAACGUGAAGGACCCGGCCAAUGUUCUGCCAGGUGGUGGUGGCGGCGGCGGCGGAAUCGGUCCUUCGGGCAGUGGCAACGAAACAGACAGCUGUGACGAUAAUCAGUACGAGAAUGACAACGACGAGUCCAACGUGGAGGACAGUUCCAGCUCGAACGGACCAACGAACAACCGAGACGACGAAACGGACAACGACGGGGAACCAUCGUCGGCCGGUGAGUGUAACGGGCCCUCCGCAGGGCAACCGAUCAACAACAACAACACCCUGAAUUUGAACGUCGCCGCGAAGCGAAAACCUGAUGACAGCAGUACAAGCAACGUUGAACAACCGAGCGAAGCGAAGCGCGCCAGAGUGCAAACCGCCGUCGAAGCGAAUCCGGGGGCGGGGCAACCGACACUGCCGCCGGGAUGUGAUUCAUAGCAUAUCGUCACAACGCAACGGAACGUUGUUAGCUGGGUAAGCGAAAAAUGCUGAGGGUUGUACCCGUUUGGUGGAAGAUAAUUUCCCCUUAAGUUCUUCCGAUUCUGAGGGCCCAUAACCUGUUGUUUUAGUGAUUAAAUGCAUCAAAUUUCGUUGAACACAGGCAAUAGUUGGCCAAAAUAUCGUCACACAGACAAACACACACGAACACACCAAAUGGAACUAAUAUCCCCCACCCCCCCGAUUUAAGAAGGAGUGCCAAGUUUACCGGUCACAUGUGCCAACAAUGCUGUGUACAUUCAAAUGUACACAGAGAAAAAACAACAACCAAGUUUGUUUAGUUAGCUUUUAGUUUGUACAAUUCUGAAUAAAAAAACAGUAAAAGAAACUUGUUGCAAAUGGUAGUAUUUAGCUUUUGCUUAUAGAAUCUAUUUUUUCCCCUAACGAACGGCGAAAGAUAAAGUCCCGUCGGUAAGCGCAUUAGUGAUAUUUCCUUUCAAUCUUUAAGUGUAGCUUUAGCAAUUUCAUUAGUUCGUAAGUUCUUUGGCACAUCAAACAAACCUUAGUGCGUGUGUGUACGUUAUGUAGAGCCGCCGGCGUAUAUGUGAUCAUUUAUUUGUUAACCUAGAGAAGAAGCAAACAAUACUCUUGAGAUAAUUCAACUAUCCUAAUAACUAUAUUAUUACAACGGAGUCAAAAAGGGAAUAUGAUUCCCGCCACCACAGAGACCUAGCGCACCGCCACCACCAAGGCUAACAACUGUGGAGAAACGGUAAUUUGACUUUAAUCGGUUUAUUUUCACUUACUGUGUUUAGUUUGAAACAAAAGAAGAAAAAAGCUCCUGGAAACGAUAAGAAACUACGGUGAGUGGAAAGAUUGCAACCACCUGCUGAUGUAUUUUAUAUAAUGUAUAUUUUAGUGUGUAAAAAAAGGAAGCAAAAGAAAAAAAACGGAUGUCAAAAAGAGUAUAUUAAACAUAACGAUUUUUUGUAUUAGUUUUACAACUACUAUAGAAACGUAAAUGAUUGAUGAAACGUUCGAUAUCCCCCUUUCCCCCAGUAAACGAAAAUGAAGGUCAAAAUAUAUAUAUUUAUAUACACCAUUUGAAAAAAAAUCAAAUAAGAACAAGUAAAAAACGUGAAUAUCCAUAUAUUUGUAAACACAUUUUUUCCCCUUUGAAAAACAAAAUGCAAACUAUUCGCAGCCAUUUUUAUAACGUGUAAUAUUGGUAUCGAUAUCCUCUACUAAUUCUCUCUAGGAGAAACAGAAGAAAAAAAACAGAAACUACGACGGGAUCGCAUUCGUACUAAGAGCUACUAGAGAGACCGACCGACAGUGUGUACAUUGCAUAUCAUUUUACUGAAGGAAAACUAAAGAAGAACAAACAAACAAACAAAAUGAGGGAAAACCCGAUUUUCAACCAUUUGUUUUUUACUAUAUAUUUUCCCCGAGUGUGUCACACCCGGAAAACACGACAAUUGGCGAAUUGAAUUCAAAUUGGGUCACGGACGCAGGAACGUAGGAAAGCAAAAAUCACUGCUGUUCUUCGUUGUGACCCGAUUAAAUGGAAUAAACGAAAUUGGGAGAACAAAAAUAUGCAAAACAUAUUAUAUUUAUUAUAUUUUUGUAAUAGUAUAAUCACACACAUACACACACAAGAAACAAACAAACAAAACAAAACAACAAUGUAAGAGUCAUCGUGAAGUAAAAAGUCUAGCGUAAGUGAAAAAUAAACAAUGAAAAUGCAUG